UUUAUAUAUAAAUAUGGAUUUAUAUCACUACUUAUUCAAAUUCAUAAUAGUUGGUGAUGUAAGUGUAGGAAAGUCUUGUAUAUUACUAAGAUAUACAGAAAAACAAUUUAGAGAAGAACACGACACUACAAUAGGAGUGGAAUUUGGAUCCUAAGUAUUAAAAAAGAAUGAUAAAACAUUGAAGAUACAAAUUUGGGAUACUGCUGGUUAAGAAUCAUUUAAAUCAAUAACAAGAUCAUAUUAUAAAGGGUUUGUAUUAUUAUAUAUAAUUAAGUUCUAUCGGAGUGCUUUUAGUCUUUGAUAUUACCAAAAGAGAAUCAUUUCAUAAUGUUUAAAAAUGGUAUAAUGAUGUGAAUGAUCAGGCAGCAUCAAAUUGUACUAUUGUUUUAGUUGGCAAUAAAACAGAUCUUGAAUCAUAGUAAUCCAAUACUUUAAAAUUAGACGUGAAAUUACAACAAUUGAAGCUAAGGCUUUGGCAGACUAAUACAAGAUGCAAUAUAUUGAAACAUCUGCAAAAACUAAUUUAAAUAUUGAUAAUCUAUUUGAAACCACUGCAUAAUUGAUCUUAGAUAAAAUUGAUAAACAAUUAAUAGAUUUUGCAAAUGAAGUAUAUCUCAUAUAAUAUAUAUUUAUUAGGAUAGCGGUAUUAAAUUAGGGAGUUUUUAUAAAUAAGGUAAAGAUAGUAAUAAAGACGGAGACAAUGAUUGUAAAUGUUGAGGCUCCU